UCGUGGAGUAAGUUCACGACAUCUUCUAGCCACGCCGAGGCCAAGUACGCUCGGGCUGGCACCCUCUCGUUCAUUGCAGAGCCUGGAGCCAAAGCAAAGGCCAUACUGGAUUCGGUCGAUCGAAAGGCCGCUGUUGAUCUCUCAAGGUCUUCUCGUCGGGAAAAGCUGCACAAGCGUAUCCGUCGUAUCUCUUCUUACCUCACCCGUUCGGACACCCGCACGUCAGGGUCUGAGAAACAUCACCAAAUGAAUCCAUACAACAUGUUCCUGGAGGAUGACCAUGAUUUCCUCAACCUCAAAAGCUCUUGGUGGACCAAGGGCAAUGGCAUCGCCUAUCAACCUGUCAGUCACCCCAAUCGCCCUGAAAUGCCUUGUAACGGCAAAUUUGAGCUUGCCUCCCACGCAUGCCAACAGCCGAUGGAGAGACCCGAGAUACCUGUCGCAGAGCUCCGGCCUAUGGAAGGCACCAUGUUUGCCGAGCUUGCUGGCGAAGAACCGUGGGUGUAUGGCAAGGAUCACCUUACCUUGGACGUUGCUCAUCCCCUCAUGAAUACACCUUCGACUGCGACCACCCCACCCGACGUGGAUGCUCUUCCUCAGUUGUCGCCUCAGGAUACCCCUCAAAAGGAUUCGCCAGUGUCGUCAAUAACGCCCACUACGAUUCAUAGCGCUACCACGCCUCCGCAUUUCAAUCGUGUUGCCUUCAAUGAGUCACUAUCGCCAGAUAGUGCAUCCGCGUUCCAGGACCCUCAGCGUGAGAAUCCUUUGUAUUGGUUUCAGGAACUGCAGAAAAAUCAGUCCAUCUCAACUCUUGAUCGUGCGGCUCCGUACGUUUCGUUCGCAGAUCCCAAUACAACAAUGCCGCCCAUCAGUUGGCAGCAUACCAACGGUGAGCAUGAGAACUACGAGCCCACCUAUCCAGCUCAGCAGUCAACCUUACAGCGUGCAUCUACAAUGCCGUCUCGGCUGCCUGAUGAACGACGACAGCGCUUAGAACAACUAGGUUUGCUGGUAGGUACCUUCGAGCUGGACGAAGCUACCUCAACUUUCACUCGCUGUCUUGACAACGUGGCGUUAGCAGAGCUCCAUAGUGCUCGCACUAACGCAGGCCACGCUAUGAACGAGUCUGACAACAUGUACGAUGGCGUUUCCCCUCAAGAUCAUGCUCUGAGUCGACCGAGCCUACAAGAAGACAACCACCACAUUUCUGCCGUAAGCUCCGACAACACACAGCAAAAGAUUUACGACCCCGUCAAAUGCAAUCAGUGUGACCAAGAGUUUGCCGGCAAGUAUGGGCCAGGCAAUCUGCGGCGACACGUUAGACACCAACACCUGACUAGACGUUCGACCGACAUCGACUUGACUUGCCGUCUCUGCAAGACGUCUUACAAGCGAAGCGACGCCCUUCGCAGCCACCUCUGGAGAAAGCACUCGUUGCCGGAAGCAAAACCCAAGACGAAACCAGCAUCCUGAGUCGACCUAUGCAAACCAGCCGCCCAGGGCGUGCUAUUUUCGUUCUGUUCGUUUCUUGUUUUUCUCUCAUAAACUUCUUCUAUCUUCGCUUUGCGAGAUGGGUUUUCGGGUGACUUGAU